CUAGCGUCAUGUGAUUAGACUCAGUGAAAAUGGCGGACGAGGAUCCGAACAGGGAAGUUCAAAACAAUGCUGUCAAAGACGAAGAAACAGGGACGACAUCAGCUGAACAGGACAGCAUGGCGAGCGAAGCGCAUGGAGAACGCAAGGAUAAAACAGUCGAUAGUUCGUGGUCGGCGCCGAUUUUGUCGUUUGCCCGAAAAGCGUCGGAAACGAUCAGCAGCGCUGGAUUGCGGAACCCCUUAUCCGUGUCUGAGGCUCCUAACCCGGACACCUCUGACUCCACUAAACCGGCUAUGAAAGAUCCAAUGUCGGUGGAGAGGUCCAAUCUGUUAUCCAUGAUGAAGCUCAGUAUAAAGGUUCUGAUCCAGUCCUCACUCAGCCUGGGCCGGACGCUCGACUCGGAGUAUCCGCCUCUCCAGCAGUUCUUCAUCGUGCUGGAACACUGCCUUAAACACGGACUAAAAGUGAGGAAGUCGUUCAUUGGGCAGAAUAAAUCGAUCUGGGCUCCUCUGGAGCUGAUGGAGAAGCUGUGCCCUGAGUCAGCUGACCUCGCCAUGAGCGUCCGAGACAUGCCAGGACUCAAGACGGGACUGGGCCGAGCUCGAGCCUGGCUGCAUUUGGCUCUCAUGCAGAAGAAAGUGGCGGAUUACAUGAAGGUUCUUAUAAACAGGAAAGACCUUCUGGGGGAGUUUUAUGAGCCUGGAGCUUUGGUAAUGGAGGAAGAAGGAUCCGUGAUCGUCGGGAUGCUGGUGGGGCUGAACGUCAUCGAUGCUAACCUGUGUGUGAAAGGGGAAGACCUGGAUUCUCAGGUGGGUGUCAUUGAUUUCUCACUGUACCUAAAGGACCCUCAGACAACCGAGAGCCCACAAGAUGACUCAAAAAUGACCGUGAUUCUGGACCAGAAGCACUACAUAGAAGAACUAAACCGCCACCUGAGCGGCACAGUGACGGACCUUCAGUCCAAGAUGGACUCUCUGGAGAAGACCAACUCUAAACUCAUCGAGGAGCUCUCGGCAGCUACAGACCGGAUCAAUUCCCUGAGGGAGGAGCAGGAACAUCUCCGAGAGGAGAACGCCUCCAUCCUCCAGAGCAGCCAGAGGAAAGAAGAGGUUACGCUGCAGGACAGCCAGGUGGAGCUGGAGACCUACAAGCAGACCAGGCAAGGUCUGGAUGAAAUGUACAAUGUGGUGUGGAAACAGUACAAAGAGGAGAGGCGCAUUCGGCAGGAGCUGCAGAAGGAGCUGGAGCUGCAGGUGGGUCUGAAGCAGGAGAUGGAAGUGGCCAUGAAGCUGCUAGAGAAGGACAUUCACGAGAAACAUGACACACUGGCGGCUCUGCGACAACAACUGGACCAGGUCAAAUCUCUCAACCUGCAGAUGUUCAACAAGGCACAGGAUGCCGACAGCAUGAUGCAGAGGAAAGAUGAGGAGGCUGUAAGACUGGAGGAGAAGAUGAAAGAGAUGGAAACAGCCAUGAAAGAGCUGGAACUGAGGUUACAGAACUCUGAGAACGGAAGGAAGAACACCGAGGACAGUCAGAAAGAGCUGUGCUCAGAAAUGAAAGGGAGAGUGGAAGCGCUGCAGAAACGUCUCAGUGACCUCGACACGCUGAGGGCGAGGCUGGAGGCGGAGGUAAGCAAGGAGAAGGAGCAGAGGCAGAGUCUGCAGAGAGAUCUGCAGCGUGAGCAGGACAACAGCGCUGAACUGCGCACACAGCUGCAACAGCUGCAAGGUCUUCAGAUGGAAAUGCUGAACCUGCAGCAGGAGAAGAAACAGCUGCAGCAGGUGUGUCAGGAACAGGAGCAGGCGCUGCAGGAGAUGGGCCUUCACCUCAGCCAGUCCAAACUGAAGAUGGAGGACUUUAAAGAAGUCAAUAAAGCAUUAAAGGGUCAAGCCUGGCUGAAAGACGACGAAGCCACGCAGUGUAAGCAGUGCCAAAAGGAAUUCUCCAUCUCUCGCCGAAAACACCACUGUAGGAACUGUGGAGACAUUUACUGCAGCAGCUGUUCCAGCAACGAGUUACCGCUGCCGUCGUACCCCAAACCGGUGCGAGUCUGCGACGUCUGUCACUCCCUCCUGCUCCAGAGAAGCUCCAGCGGCUCCUGACGCUCCUCCGCGUCUCAAACACCAAACGUGACCAAUCACACGCUGACACUUCGAGGCUAAUUGGAUUAACACACAUGCAUUGCCGUUUUUUUUAAGAGGCUUCGGUUCGUCUGAAACCUUUUUAGCCAGCAUGUGAUAGAAUAAAUCGAUGAAUUAUAUGCAAAGUCAUUUUGUAAUUUCUUCUACAGGGAGAAUGUGAUCAUUUUUUAAGAGGACUAAUACAGUAAAAUGAAACGUAUAAUGGUACUAAUGCUAAUGAACGAUUGUAUUUUUCUCUCUUGCUGAUAAUCUCCAUUUUAGGGAGAAAAACUUUAACACAUUAAAAAAUAAACACUUUUCAUAAUAACCUUUUGCGCACUUCCCAAAAAAAAAGAGACGUGUGUAAGAUUUUUUUUUUUCAAUUAUGUGCUCUUUUUCUAAAUGUGAUUGUAGGGAAUAAGAAUAAAACAAUGCUUUUCUUAAAGCUGUGUUGUGUAAGAUCUGAAACACUGCCUGCUGUGUGCGAUAAUAUUACAAAUA